AUGGGUCGUCGGAAAAUUGAGAUUGUGAGAGUGAAGAACCCCAACAGGAGACAAAUAACGUUUUCAAAGCGUCGAACAGGGUUGUUCAAGAAAGCGAAUGAGUUGUCCAUCAUGUGUGGUGCAAAGAUUGCCAUUGUCGUGUUCUCUCCGGGGAACAAACCCUACUCGUUUUCCCACCCAGGAGUUCAUGUUGUUGCUACUGAAUUUCUUCAGCAAGAUCUCAGAUCAAACCAACUCCAAAGAGGACCCUCUUUUGAUGUUUAUAGGAAUCACCACUUCAAUCUGCAACUUCUCGAUGUGAUGAGACAGUUGGCUGAGGAAGAAAGUAAAAGUUCAAUGCUUGAUGAAGCUAUCGAUCAUGGCAGAGGGACCCAACUCUCUGAACUUCGAAAAUUUCACACUUCUCUUUCUGAUAUCAAUUCAAAAGUUAAAAGUGAGAUCGAGGCUGCAGAAACCAUGAUACUCUUGUCACAGGAAGGAGUAGAAUUUCCUGUUACAACAAGAAACGAGAAUAUAAGUGACAAAUUUCUGUGA